AUGGUCGCGUAUCCUACGCAGCAGCCCAGCAUGAACGAGUUCACGAUAGUCGAGAAUGAGGAGAGUUCCGUUUCGCAGCCGACCUCACCAUCGGAUGAGAAGAAACAGGAGAAAGUAGUCUCGAGUCAUGAAAUUCCCACUGCGACACCCACUGCGACCGCCCAUGCGACUGCCCAAGCCAACCCCAAUGCACCCGAAGAUGGCCCUGAUCGAGGUUAUUCGCGUAUGUCAAUGGUGAUGAUGGUUGUCUUCAGCGGCCUCGCCAUUGGGUCAGACGGAUUUAACGCCUCAAUCAUUGGUAACAUCGAAUUGUUGAUGGGAGUCAUUUACCCCAACUCACUGACCACCGAGGUCGCGGCGCGCCUAUCGAAUGCCUUCAUGGUCGGCAUGAUCAUUGGAAUGCUGUCAUUUGGAUACAUCUCCGAUAGACUCGGUCGUAAGACAGGCGCCAUCCUAACAACGACGAUUUUGGUGCUGGGAAUCGCUCUCAGUGCCGGUGCCAGUGGUCUCACAGAAGAUGGCAUGUUCUGGAUGCUAAUCAUUGCACGUGGAAUCGCCGGAGUGGGCGCAGGCGGAGAAUAUCCCGUCGCAGGUGCCGGUGCCGCCGAAGCGACGGACGAGGCGCCGGGCAUUCGCAAACGGCGUGGCUUUAUCUUUGCGAUGAUUGGGGAUCUUUCGGCUUCACUGGGAUUUGCAUUUGGGGCGCUUGUUCCAUUGAUUCUGCUGCUUUGUUUCCACCAGCAAGUCCGCCACUAUGAGGCCGUCUGGCGCGUCUCCCUGGCCAUGGGCGCCAUUGCACCGCUAUCGAUCUUCUGGUUUCGCUAUCGCAUGGUGAUGAGCACAGCAUAUCGCAAGAGCUCGAUGAAAAAGCAACGGAUCCCGUACUGGCUAGCCGUGAAGAUGUAUUGGCGACCGCUGCUGGGCGUGUGUGGUUCGUGGUUCAUUUAUAACUACAUCUCUUACCCGUUCGGCCUCUUCUCGUCUACCAUCGUCGGUCGCGUGAAUCCAUCCUCGUCGCUAGCGCUGACGAUGGCAUGGGGAACCUUGAUCAACUGCUUCUACAUCCCCGGAGCUUUCAUCGGUGGCUACCUGUCUGAUAAGAUUGGUCGCCGACGCACCAUGGCGCUGGGAUUCAUGCUUCAGGCAAUUCUCGGCUUCAUUUUAGGAGGAGCGCUAGGGCCAAUUCAAACGAAGCUGCCCUUGUUCAUCGUCCUUUAUGGCAUCUUCCUCACUCUUGGGGAGGUAGGCCCCGGCUCGACGAUUGUUCUUACCGCCAGUGAAAGUUUUCCAACUGCCCUUCGUGGCCAUGGAGUCGGUCUUGCUGCUGCUUGGAGCAAGGCAGGGGCAGCGAUCGGCACGCAAGUUUUCAAGCCCAUUCUGGCCAGAUUUGCUGUGCUGGGCUCCCUUUUGGCUUGGUUCGUUCUCCAAGAUAGCAACAAGAUCCUGGACCAUGGCGAUCAAGAAUGGAAGGAUUAUCUCAUUGCCAACGGGUAUACAAAUAUUGAGUGGGGUGUCGAAGAGCAGCAUGAACUGCCAGCUGGGAAAGUUGUGGAUUGA